CUUGGCGUGGGAAGGCUUCCAGCGCGAGUCCCAGUCAUCGGUGAACUGCUCGAGGAAGGGAGCCUUGAGCUUGGUGGGCUGUAUGAAUGCAUUGGUUAGCUGCUGUCCGUGAUGUUGGCGUAGAUAGACUGCAUUGACGACUACUUACAGUAAAGGUAGGGACCUCGACGGGAGAAACCGAGGUGGCGGCCUCGGCGACGGUGCUGGAGCUCUCGUCCUUGAGCACCUUCUGGGAAUCGUCGGCACUGACACCUCCGGCAAGGAGGGCGGCGCUGGCGGCAGCGGCAGCUACAUUGAACCUCAUGAUGAAGGCGAAGUUGCUGUUAUUCGUUUCAAGCUGAUUCGCAGUCGCGUAUGUGGUAGAUGUGUAGAUGGAGGGGUUGGUUGUUGCUGGUGGCUGAAAGAAAGACGUCGAAGUCGAGGUCGAGUUCGAGACAGACAGAGACGAGAACCUUGUUGGGCAAUGGAUAUUCACUCCCACGGCACGAGGAAAGGAAAGAGGUUAAGAAAAACAGGCGGCGAUGGGGGAAAGGGUUCGGUGGUGAAUUAAAAGUUUCGGCGAUGGUUCAACCUCUUCCAAGUGACAACGUGUCUUUAAUGGGCCGCCGAGACGUGAGAUGGCAGCUGCUGGGGGGAGCUUUGGCGCGGCAGCGGGCGGGACCUGCGGAGACCAGCAUUAUUGCGGGAACAGGUUUGAAGCACAGGCCUGGAGGCUAUGGUAAACUGGCCUCUCAGCGUCGUUUUGGAGUCCGGGACUUGUGGAAAUGCUUCGAAACUUCCAUGGACGGGAUUGGACAGACGACAGGGGUCUCUUUUCUCAUUGGACAACCUCGGGUUACUGUAACAAUUGUUCUACUUGAGCCCAUUGUCAUCCCUUUUGCUACAAAGGAGCCAACGUGCACAACAUGUGUCCAUCUCCAACUCCAACUUCGGAAUGUCUUUACCGGCACCGAAACAUGCGGCGAUGGAAGCGUCCUGUUGGUCAAUUGCGUUGGAGCCAUUCCUUUUAGCGCGUGUAUAUUAUGUGGGGCCUUCAGUUUCGACCACGAGCAUCGUCAUGCAGAGAGAACACUUCAAGGGUCCUGUCUCGCCAGUGAAGAGAAUGUUUGUCUCUAGGAAAAGGCAAUCAGGUUCGUCUCGUGUGAACAUGUUGGUGUUUGUGCGGUGAAAGAUGCAAUGAAAGGUUGGCUUCGUCCCUGUUGUUUAUCCACCACCGUUUCUUCCAGAAGGUGAA